AGUAUUGUUUCAAAACAAAAUUAACUGUAUUCGCUUACUUUUUUAAAUACGGAUUUUUUAAUUACCCCUUGAAUGCGUCAUGUCAGACACGUCAAAACGAACCUGGAGUGGAAGUAAAGCGAAGAUUAUUUGACUUCAAAACUUUGUGAAAAUUGGAUAUGGCAUAGUUUGGCACUUUUUUUUUUUGGUCAAGAAAUGUUUUCAGAAAUUAUUUUAUUCUCACUACACUUAGAAGCCAUCUACCAGCUAAUGUUAACAUGGCCAUCCCCAUAGCCAUCUUAGACUGCGACCUUCUUCUGCACGGGCGAGGCCAUAAGACUCUGGAGCGCUUUGACCUGGACACCGUUUCAAACAGCGUUCUCCUCUCAAACUUUGGGUUUCCAAGAGACUUCAUCCUGUAUCUGGUGGAAUUACUCAGAGAGACUCUUUCCAGGAGAACCCUGAGAUCCAGAGCAAUCAGUCCUGAGGUUCAGGUGUUGGCAGCGUUGGGCUUCUAUACAUCUGGGUCAUUCCAGACGUCCAUGGGGGAUAUAAUAGGGAUCAGCCAGGCGUCCAUGUCCAGAUGUGUGACCAAUGUGACUAAAGCUCUGGUGGAGAAAGCUCCACAGUUCAUCACUUUCAAUAAAGACCCGUCCAACAGAGAGUACUCCUUCCAGGAGUUUCAGAGGGUGGCAGGAUUUCCAGCAGUCCUGGGCGUUCUCGACUGUGUUCAGGUGGCCAUCAAAGCCCCGAACAGCGACGCCUCCUCUUACGUGAACAAGAAGGGCUUUCACUCUAUAGCCUGCCAGCUGGUCUGUAACGCCCGGGGGCUUUUACUGAGCGCUGAAACGUGGCCCGGCGGCCUGCAGGACACCAGGAUACUGCAGAGGUCAGCCAUUUCCAAACAGCUGCAGGACAACGAGGAGGGCUGGCUGCUGGGCGAUGGACGUUAUCCUUUGAAGAAGUGGCUGAUGACACCAGUGGAGAACCCAGAAACCGCUGCAGAGUUUCAGUACAACCUGGCCCACACCGUCACGCAUGAGAUAGUGGACAGAACUUUCAGGGCCAUUCAGACCAGAUUCAGAUGUUUAGACGGCAUCAAAGGGAACCUGCAGUAUUCUCCUGAGAGGAGCUCGUCCAUCCUCCUGGCCUGCUGCGUUCUGCACAAUGCCUCCCUGCAUUCCGGCCUGGACGCCUGGACUCUGGAGAGGACAGAGCCACUGGAGCAACCCAAGGGCCCUGAGCAGUCGCUGGAGGACCGGGACAGCGAGGCGGAAGAGCUCCGGAAACACAUCAUACUGAAACACUUCAGCUAGAGACUCCACAGAGGACAGAGACCAGAAAAAGACUGAUGGAAGAGGUGGAUCAAUGAUUGAAUGCAUGGCUCAAUGGAUAGAUGGAUGAAUGAUUGGGUGGAUGGUAAGUAGACAACAUGGAUGGAUGAUGGAUGGAUGGAUGGAUGAUGGAUGAAUGGAUGGAAAACAGACAAAUGAUGGAUGGAUCUCUCAACAAUCCUUUUGCGUUAGACACAGAGAGGAAUGAAGUCCACAGGCACAGAGUUGCUGAUGCAGAUUUUUAAUAUUUUGCUCAUUUCUACUCUACGGACUACACUACGAUAACAUAGAUAUAGAUAUGUAUAUAUAUGGAGGAACAUGCAGGACGCUAUACAACAAACAGAGACAACAACACAUCCAAACACAUUUCAAACAGGCUGGCGCCCCCUAGAGGCUCCUGACUGCUUUCUCAGGACAUUCAGGUAACUUUGCAAUAAUCAAUCGCCUCCUGGAGAUUUAGGACUAAUCAAACUGUGUGUAGUUGCCGUGUCAUCUCAGUUAAUUACAAAUUGACUCCCCAACCCCCAAAUCAUCAUUUAUUUUAUUUUGAUGCCCCUCACCCCCUUUUGUUUUCCUCCCCACAGGACCUUCCACAGGCUAAAAUCUGGGAUUAUGACAGUACAAAAACAAGGCCCACUAUUUACAACAACUACGCUGGAAGUUGUUAUUAAUUAUGUACAUUUGGUAUUUGGUCCCAGACAAAUAAGAGAGAGAAAGAGAAAGAGAGAGUGGAUCUGGCUGCAGUCACAUAAUGCGUUUCUAUUCAUUUCCAAUGACAAAAUGGAGACAAAAUCAAAUGAACUAGAUGGAAGAAAAGAAAGGAGGAAACCCGUGAUGAAGUGAAAUGCGUUAUACACAACUUUUGGAAUAAAAUGACUUGUUUGGGGUUUUCAGAACAGCAUUGUGUUAUAGAUAGUGGUGAUGAAAUCUUCAGAUUCAAUCAAACUGAAACUAGUGGUGCUUUUUCUCCUGGAAUGCUUCUUCAAUAUUUACACACUUUCUACAAGCAAUCAAUAAAUACAACAAACACUGCUGCUGCAUGAUAAUUGGUCAUCUAUUUUUUUCUUUUUGUUUUUUACUUUUUUUUUUUAAUUUGUGGCCAAGAAAUAAAAGUUAGAAAUGUAGAAAAGAAUCAUUUUUUAAAUUCCGAAUCAUCCAAUUCAUGCGACAGCAGUUUUACGCCACGAAACUUCACCUCUUGUGAAAUGCCAAAUCAUCUCCUUUUUUAUUUUGCAUAAAAUAAAUAUGCUAAUUUUUCGAUGCUCGUAAUAUAUUAAAAGUUUUCUUUUUGUAUUUUUUUUUUAUUAUUUAAAAAACAAUAAGAUAAACUAACUUAAAAAAAUCAGUACAUGUAUUUUUUUUUUCCGCAUAAAUUAAAUAUGCAUUUUUUUGAUGCUGCAAAUAUAUUACAUAUACAAUUUAUAUAAAAAAAAAAAACUUUUAUGUGAUGCUUCUUAGCCUCAGAACGGCCCCGUUUUAUGAAAGAAAAGAACACGCCUUCCCAGAAAUACCAAAAUCUAAGAAAAAAAAAGUAAACAUUUGGUCAGAAUUAGAAGUAAAAAAAAAAAAAAGCUUAUUGAAUGAUAAAGUUGCAGAAAUAACCUAUAUUUUGUGUUUUAUUUUGAAAAUCUAAAAAAAAUGCUAGGACCUUUUAACAAAUGCAUGGUGCAGUUCUCCACACUUACUGGCACCUCUGGUAGACGUGCAAAAAGCCUUAAAAUAAAUACAUUUUAUUAUUCAGAAAAAAAUCCCAAAUUUUAUUCUUCAGUACAUUUAAACUUUUUUAAGAUGAUCUACAUAUGAAAUAAUGUUUUAUUUAAUAAUCCUGGGCUUCCUGUUACCCUGGGUAUGAAUAAAUAUGACAUGAUGGAGUCGCUAGUUUCUCUUAGACACUUCAAAAUGAGAAAGACAAGAGUACGUGCCACUUAGGAAGGCUAAUUGGGUUUGCCAUGGCAGUGACUUAUUUUAAGGCAUUUUAAACAUCUUUUUCAGAGAUAGUUGUUAUGUGCGGUCAAAUGGGCCAUACUGGACCGCAGAACAAGGAAGGCACUUUAAAAUGGCACGGCUUCAAUAUCUGAAGCAUUAGGUAAAUAAACCUGGUUACUUCUAGACUUUAGCCGAUUGUUCUGUUUAUUUUAUUGUGUCUAAAUGAUCUUUUUUGAGCUGAAAUUUGAAUGCUAUCUGCAAUUUUAAAAAUCAAGCAUCGAAUCAUUAUUGAUGACUAAUAUAAGUGAACAAUGAGCCCUUUCUCAUUAGGUGAUGUCUUAAAGUGAAAGCUCUGAAAACCAUAAACAUUACUUUGAAGGUUAAAAUCUUUCAGACUUUACUGUUUAUGCUUAAUUCUUCUUGAAAAUGGGAUUUUGAGGCUUAAGUUUUUUUAACUGAAUAUUUUACUUAAAAAAAAUUAAUAAAUAAAAUCAGAUAGGAAAGAUUGACUUUGUGCUGGCCUAUCAUAUAAAACAAUAAUGUGCCAAAAUGUGGAGAAGUAUUUUUGCUAGGCAUCUUGUAGGUAAACUGAUUCAGUGAAAUGAGUUGCUUACUUUAAAUUAGACUUUUAGUGCAUUAAAACAACAAUAAAGUUGAUGUUUCUAUCCAGAGUGUUCAAGUACAACAGAAAGAUGAAGGGUGCUUGACGUGGGUGUUGAAGCUGGGCUGAUUUGUAGCCGGAGCGAUGUGGGAACAGGAGGAUGGUCGCUGGUUUGGAACCAGCGGGUGGAGCGCUUCGAGCAGGAAGAGGAUAAAAGAGUCAGAAAACCUUUGAGA